GCCCGCGGCGGCAGGCGCGGGGCUGCCGGGCGCGCCCGAGGGCGGCGCCGGCGGGGCGGCCGCGGCAGCCUCGGCGGGCUCGGCGGCCGAAGUCGCCCAGGCCGCCGACGCGUGCGAGGACGCCGUGGCGGGCGACAACUGCACGGACAACGCGAUGUGGGCGAUGCUGCGGGCUUCUCGGAGAAGCCCGAGUGGUACGCCGAGCUGGCGCCUGGGGCCUUCUUCCGGGACUUCCAGCGGCACCUCGGCCGGGAGGGGCUCGGCGGCUGCAGGGCGCCGUGCGAGGUCGAGGCGAAGGGGACGCCAACGAUGUUCUGCGUCACGCUGAUGAUGCCGUCCGGCGAGGAGCCAGCGCUCAUGGCGGCCCUGCUGGAAAACGGCCUCGGCGCUUUCUCCUGCGACGGGUACGCCGUCAUCAGCAACGAGAACAUCACGCUGGAGGGCGGCUCCGCGGGGGCCGUGGCCACAGACGUCAUGCCUGGCCCCUUGGACUGCCCAAUCGGUGGGCAGUACCAGGUGCGCCUGAACAAGGACGUCUUCGUCCGCUUCUGGAACAAGGUUGCUCGCGACCCGAGGGCUUUCAACUACGACUGGGUGGUGAAGCUGGACGCCGAUGCGGUCUUCCUCGUCGACCGGAUGCGCGGGUUGCUCGGCUACCUGUUUCCGGAGGACGGUGGGCGGGCGGUCGGCAAGAGCGCUUUCCUGAAGAAUUGCAAGUACACCAUGUACGGAGCCGUCGAGGUGGUGUCGCGGUCAGCCCUCGAGAGUUACGCGAGGGACCUCAUGGACGGCAGCCCGGUCUGCUCCUCCGGGGGCGCGGGCGACUCGAUCGUGGAGGACAGGUACCUCAACGAAUGCAUGAAGCAGCUCGGCGCUGCCAAGGUGGAGGCACUGAGCGCCCUUCAGGACGCGGCCUGCCACGACCCGCACUGGGGGCCGGGCUUCUCGUGCGCGGACGGCGAGCACGCGACCUUCCACCCGUUCAAGGACGCUGAUAGCUACCUCAGGUGCUACGGCGAGGCCUCUGCGCAGCGCUGAGCGGCGGCAGCCACCACGGCGCAGGCGGCGAGAAUGCGACUUUUCACCCGCCCAGGGGCGCCGACAGCUGCCCCCGGUGCUGCGGCAAAGCCACUGGCGCAUCGCUGAGCGGCGGCCGCAGUCGCGCGGGCGGUGAGCACCCCGCACCCGUGCCAGGACGCCCCGUCGUGCGCCGUGGCGAAGCCACGGCGCGGCUCUGGUGCGCGCGCUCCGUGCCAGCCGUCGAGGGGCGCCAGCACCGAUCCUGGCGAGGCCAACCCUGGGCCCAGGAUCGGUGCACGUCUGCCUUCCUGGCCGGGCGGGGAGGGCGCGGGCACGGGUCCCGGGCCCGGGCCUGCCCAGGGCCGCGCUGGAUCGGCGAGGGUGUGUGGUUGGCUUCCUCCGGACCUGGGGCCGGUGCCGCCGCCCGACCACUUGCCCCCCCGCUCUCUCUCUCUCUCUCUCUCUCUCUCUCCAGCGACACUACCUGGCGCUGGUGGGGCUCUGGUGCGCGCCGAGCGCGCACUCAAAUUCACGGUGGCCAAAUGGUCAGAAGUCAGGUACUGAAGGCUCCGUGCGGUCAUGGACGAGAAGGCCCGACCUAUCCGCAGUAGUUCUGGAGCCCCCAGAGCAGCCGCCCAGGAGAUGAAAAGCGAUCUCUUGGAACUGGUUGGAAUGUGUUUCCUCCUCCUCCUCCUCCUCCCCCUCCUCCUCCUCCUCCUCC